UGAAAUAUAUGUAAUAAUUAAAUUAAUUGCUCCAUCCAUAACUGAAUAUAAUAUUACAAGGAACGUUCAUAAUUUAUCACAUCUGUUUCAUUGCACAUAUCAUUCGCAUAUUGUUAAGGUUUCAUUAAAACGUAGUAAACUAGACAGCAACUAACCAGAAUCACGCUUAUUUAAGGUUUACCAAAAAGUAUUUGGAUUGAACCAUUGGAGCAAAGUCUUACCAAAUUAUUAUUACUCGUAGCCUUAAUAGUAUAUGUUAGUAUAUUCAUCAUACAUAUAAUACAAGUAUAUAUACUUAUAUGGUACGUACAUAGUUACUGAAUCCUGUACCAACGAUCUGUGGUAAAUAUUAAGACUAAUUUGUGCAUACUACGUAUUCUUCUAUUUUAACUUAUAAUUAAGCUACAUUUCUCGUGGUUAGGUUAAUGCGAUUGCAUGUUUACUUAUAAUGCUUCGCUGCAUAAUUCGGAUUGUGGUUUACUUACAUUCAAGGCAUGGUCAAUUAUAUUAGUCUAGUGUAACUAAUUAUUUCACAAACAUUGUAAUAAAGUUUCUUUCAGUAAAUUUAUUGUUUUUUAUUUCAAAUGCAUGAAGUUUGUUUAAAUAAAUAAUAGCGUUAACGUCAUUGUUGCAAACAUAAGAAUUUGGUUAAGUGUCUGCUUAUAAUGAAUAGAAAAGUCUUUGGCCUAACAAUAAAAGAACUUAUUUUUAAUAAAAAUAUGACUUUAUUCUCCCUCACAAUUUUCAUCUGAUUGUAGAGUAAUUUUUAUCAAAACACGAAAUUCAUAUUUUCCUUUGUAAACAUAAAUAUCAGAGCAGCGUAACAUUGAGAACAAUGGAAAGAAAUGUCAUGAAACAUUGACAUUAUUCUAUUGAUCUCUCGGGCAGGCCAAAGUCUUUUCAGCUCACAUUUGUUCGUUUGAAAAGUAUACCGGAAACAUGUGUUCCUAAAGAAAACUUAUCAAAGUAAGGAUGGGUUAAAUUCCGACGGAAACGUAUAAAACAUCGAUUUUUUGGAUGAAGUUUAUCGGAAAUACGGGAUCAUUACAAUCAUUAUAAGAGCUACGUACGCACCGAUUUCGCUUAUUGUUGCAAAAAAUAUAUACCGCAAUUGAAUGCCAAAAACGCGACAUUGUAUGAAAGUAGAUAUGGCCAGUCUUUGUCGAUAUUUGUUAGAGGACGUCGUAAGAAUAAGUAGUACAAAAUUAUUUUUAAAUUGUAAAGAUGUUUGUGCGACGAAUGUGUCAUGAAACAGUAAUAGAAAUUUAGUUCUAGAGUUAUAACUUCUUUAUAAUAAUUUUGGACUGGUUGCGGUUUAGAGAUGACUCAAGUAGUUCCAAGUGUAGUAGAUUCUCGUAGAUAGUUACUGUGCAGCCAAAUCGUGCUCGCAGUUUUGUUGUUUUCGUUGCGGAUUUUUUACUUUAAUUAUUGUAUAAUUUGAACUACAAUAUUUAGGCAAUGUAAAAAAUUCAAUGCUCUUCUAUCAAUUUUUAAUAAGCAACUAGUUCAUAAUUAAUUUAAUUUUUUUUCUCAUUUUCUUAAAAAUAUACCUUAAGCUAUGGCGAGAGAAAUUUGUUUUACAUUAUUUUACUACUUCCUGGCAUUGUAUGAUUAAUGUUGUUGCUUAGUUGUCGUUUAGAUAGCAAUCGAACCGGCACAUCCAGUGCAGUAUUGAAGUAAUUUCUUUCGCAAUAUUGCGGCAACAGGUAGGUUGGUUAGCAAUUGGUGUUAAGAAUUCCCAUUAAUGUGCAAUGUACCGUUUGUUGCUUGUGGUGGCUGCACGCCGUAUCGCUUCAGUACAUAAGAGUGCAAUUAGUUCUGCGCUACUGUUUGCUGUCCUUAUUUUUUAAUGUUUACUAUUCUAAAACAUUGCUUUACUUAUAUGUAGCUUCUUAUAGUACAAGUGUGUCAGCUGUGCAAAAAUUAGCUUCAAAUUUGUAAAAUAACAUAUGUACAUAUUGUGCCCUAUGAUGCCUAACUAAACCUCUGGACUAUCGCUAAAUGUUAAAUAUUUAAUACGAGUAAUACAUAAUUUGAAUAUUAAGCUGAAUAAAAAAGUCUUAGAACACUAGCCUUUAUGGAAAAACAAAAUGUGUUUAGUUUUCAUUGAGUAUGGCCAUCGUUCACAAUAUAAAAAGCAUUCAAAUGUAUUCACUUAAAAUAAUGAUAACUGCUUAGAGUUUAAUCCAAAAACUUUAAGCAGUGCAAAAGUAUUAUUCCACUCAGUAUAUUUUUCUAUUCCCGUCAUAGAUUCAAAUUUCAAAAUAGAAAAUAAAUAUGUACGUAUACAUGCAUAUGUUCAUUCAGUUUCUGUGCUCGAAAUGGUUUAUAAAAAUCUUAGAUUGGUGACGUCAACGUUAAAGGAAAUAAGUACAUUUUUCAAUGAUACUCAUAUUAGAGGGAAGAACUUUAGUAGUACAACUAAUGAUGAUAAAACAAAAAAAAUAAACUAUCGGAAGGAAACCGAUACUUUUGGAGAACUUCAAGUUCCUGCUGAUAAGUAUUAUGGAGCUCAAACUCUUCGGUCAAAAAUUAACUUCCCGAUUGGAGGAAAAAGGGAGAAAAUGCCAAAAGAAAUAAUAAUAGCAAUGGGAAUAUUAAAGAAAGCCUCCGCCGAGGUGAACAGAGAAUAUGGAUUGGAUAGCAAAAUAGCUGAAAAUAUUUCGAAGGCUUGCGACGAGUUAAUAUCUGGCAAAUUAUACAAAGACCACUUUCCUUUAGUUAUUUGGCAAACAGGAUCAGGUACGCAAACAAACAUGAACUGUAAUGAAGUUAUUAGUAAUCGUGCUAUCGAAUUAAUGGGUGGUGAAUUGGGCUCCAAAAAACCUGUCCAUCCAAAUGAUCAUGUAAACAUGUCUCAGAGCUCAAAUGACACGUUCCCUGCUGCAAUUCAUAUUUCUGUAGCAAUGCAACUAGUAAAUACACUAAAACCGAAUAUUGAAUUUAUGCAUGAAGGUUUAAAACUGAAAUCGGAAGAGUUCAAGGAUAUUAUAAAAAUAGGACGAACACAUACAAUGGAUGCUGUACCUUUAACACUGGGUCAGGAGUUCAGUGGUUAUACACAACAAAUGACUUAUGCUCUUCAUCGAAUCGAUGCAUGCCUUCCACGGGUAUAUGAAAUUGCUCUUGGCGGAACUGCUGUAGGAACGGGACUUAACGCACCUGAAGGUUUUGCUGAAAAAGUUGCAAAAAGAAUUGGCGAAUUGACAUGUUUACCAUUUGUAUCUGCACCGAAUAAAUUCGAAGCGCUAGCAGCACGUGAUACAAUGGUAGAAGUAAGUGGGGUAUUGAACACAAUAGCAUGCAGUGUGUUUAAAAUAGCUAACGAUAUACGUUUUCUCGGUUCUGGACCCCGAUGUGGCUUUGGUGAGCUGAUGUUACCCGAAAAUGAACCAGGUAGCUCAAUUAUGCCAGGGAAAGUAAACCCCACACAAUGUGAGGCAAUUACGAUGGUUGCCGGACAAGUGAUUGGCAAUCAUGUCGCAGUUACUAUAGGAGGAUCUAACGGGCAUUUUGAAUUGAAUGUUUUCAAGCCAUUGGUGGUUUCGAAUGUACUCCGUUCUAUUCGAUUACUUUCUGACGCCUGUCGGACUUUUACCUGCAAUUGUAUUAACGAUAUACAACCGAACAAAGAUCGCAUCAAUAAGAUCAUGAACGAGUCUUUAAUGUUGGUGACAGCAUUAAACCCGCAUAUCGGUUACGAUAAGGCGGCACAAAUAGCUAAAACAGCUCACAAGAAUGGUACUACUCUUAAAGAAGAAGCAAUAAAUUUAGGUUACUUAACCGAACAGCAAUUUAUUGAUUGGGUAAAACCACAGAAUAUGCUUGGACCGAAAUCAAUGAUGCAGCGGGCUAAAACUAAUAAAUAAUCGUUAUAUAAUAUAUGUUAAUAUAUUAAUUACCUUAUAUGUAUGUAUCCGCAUCUGAAUAUAAUAUUUUCGUUAAUGAAGUACGUAAAAAUAUAAUGCGACAAUAACUAAUACUUUCAAUAAAGCUUAAAUAAAAACAAUUUAAA